AUGCCGCCGCAUAUCGAUGUGCCGUGGCUGUCGUACCGCGAGCACGCCGACAGCAUGGCCCGACACAGCAUCCCUCUCGAGUCGCUUUCGCCUCCUCCGCCAGAAUAUGGCAAGAUGCCUCGAGGCGGCCCCGAAUCCGUCCACAACCAUUACCACAUGGGCGGCGACGAGCCAAGUCGUGCGCCUUGGUAUCGUCGAAAAUUGGUCUUUUGGGCCCUCGCCGGCAUCUUGGCGUUUCUCGUCGUGUCCGGGCUGAUUGUGAUGGGAGUGGUGCUCAAAGUGCUGACGGACAAGAAGGCUGACAGCGCCCACGGUAGUCCUGGCGAUUCACCCGGCAUUGCCUCGCUCACCUCGACGCCGUCUCCAACGAGUGGCUCCGAGACAAGCGCCAGCUCGGCACCUGCUACUACUACGCGACCACAGACAACCGCGACGCCAUUCACAAUGUUGGAAAAGUCCCAGCUGGCGUCAGCCUACGUCAAGGCCAAAGACCUUGCAUCAAGUCGGCGUGUCUUGGUCCGACAAGAGGACUCCAACGACCUCCUGGUCACCGAGUGGGCAGGGGGCAACAUAACGCACUACCGAAUCAAGGACAAGCUUGGCUCUUUGUUCCCCAACGAUGCUAAGCCUGGCACACCUCUUGCCUUGCAGGGCGACGAUGUCGGAACCCUUCACCUAUUUUACCUGAGCAGAACAAACAUCAUCUCCUACGUGUACGAACCGUCCGCUGGAACGUGGAAGGCCGGGGACGUCAGCAACGAGUACGGGGCUAUUCGCACGUCGGCAUUUUCGAGCCUAUCUGCCGCGUGGCACAACGGCAGGAAGGCAUCGGGUCUGCUCGUCAUUGCUUUCAACAAUGGUGCACAGAGACUUCAGCUCGCCAUGGCGGCCAAUCCCGCAGAGCGAAACGCGUGGUACAUUGCCGACGUGGUGACGCUCGACACGGGCUCUGUGCCGGGUCAGUCUAACCUGCCUACUUACUCACUAGCGGGAGACUGGUUUGUCACGGACGCCAAAGACAAAGGCAGAGGAUUCCAACAGCUUCUCAUUGCGGUGGUGGAAGCAGCCGAAGUGGCGCCGUGGGAGUGCGCGGUCGACUUUUGGCCACCCCCGGACGUGCAAGUCAGGUGCCAAAAGGGCAACGCAACCUUUCACGAUGAAAAAGACAAGGGGUUGACCUUGGUGCCGCCACCGAAGCAGUUCUGCUGGAUCAGCCAAAACGAGGGCCAAGACGACUCUGUCAGCAACUACGACUUUAUUCUCUUGUCGUCGGACGGCAGCGGCACGGUGCAUGAGAACAGCGUCGGUAACGGCUUGACGCGAAGUGUGGGCAGGGGCUUCAAGGCAGACGCGCCAAUCAAGGCCAUGUCGGCGACGACGGAAGGAAUAGUGUUUGUGUCGUCUGGGAAGGAUGUGUACGCGUACCGAAAGCAGGGGUCAGGGUGGCAGUUGGAUGUCAGCACAAACGGCCUGUUUCGAAGGGCGCGACACGUCGAGGGCGGGAGAAGCAAUGAAUGA